UGGUUCCUCUUUGCAGGUCAAGGAGAUGGGGGCCUGUGCCAACUGCUCCCACCCUGGCAGCAAGAUGGCCCCCUUCCGAAGCCAGUACAAAACCAUGUACUCCAUCCAGGCCUGCCUGCGCUCCUGCCUCCAAGCCAAGAUAGUGAAGACCUGCCAGUGUGCCCACUAUUCCUAUCCGCUGCCCAAAGGAGCCCAUUACUGCAACAACGAGGACUAUCCAUCCUGGGCCUACUGCUACUCCAUCCUGCGCAUGAGCCAGGAGCACCGGCAGGAUUGCAUCCAAUCUUGCAAGGAGACCUGCAACAACACCCAGUACAAGAUGACCAUUUCCAUGGCAGAGUGGCCCUCCGAAGCUUCAGAGGACUGGAUUUUCCAUAUUUUAUCUUACGAAAGAGACACGUCAACCAAAGUGACUCUGGACAGAAACGGAAUCAUCAAGCUCAGCAUCUACUUCCAGGAAUACAACUACCGCACCAUCUCAGAGUCUGCAGCAACCACGAUUGUCUGGCUCCUCUCCAGCCUCGGCGGGCAGUUCGGCUUCUGGAUGGGGGGCUCCGUCUUGUGCCUCAUCGAGUUUGGGGAGAUCCUCAUCGACUUCGUCUGGAUCAGUGUCCUGAAGCUAAUCUCCUGGGGCAAGGGGCUGAAGUGGAAGCCAGCCCGCAGGCCCCCAGAUGCCCUCCCGUCCAUCUGCGAGAAAGUGGAGGCCUACACCAACCUGGGCUUCUGCGGGGAGGAGGAGAAGGCGGCAGCAGCUGAGGGCCCGGGGGGUGGGGCCCCAGAUGCUCAAGGGGCUGGCUCUGAGCCGGGCACUCCGCCCCCCAAGUACGACUCUCUUCGUGUGCUCCCUGUGGAUCUGGUGGGGCCAGACAGCGACGAGGAAGACGCUCCUGGAGUGGACCCAAAGAGCGAGUGAGGCCAGGAAGGCAGGUUUCCUCCCUGCUCCCCAGGCCCCUGCAGGGCAUCUCUCCCUCUUUUCUGGACAGCACAGCCACCCUCCAGUUCCACUCAGCCCAGCAGAAACUCGGGGAGCAGCCGGAGAGCCCAGAUCUGCCCAAAGACGUUUCUUUCCGGGUGUAAAUCUGGCAAGUCCAGAUGUUGCCAUGAACGAACGUUGCCAUGAAAGGGGGCUUGCAGCCAGUCGUGGGAAAUGCUCGGUGCACAUCUUAAAGUGAACAGGGGGCCUGGGGGGGGGGAAGGGGGGGGCCAGGGCCAGGCCUUCUGGGUCCUGCCUGCGCCUGC